AUGUUUGGUCAACAUCCUCGAGGUGAUUCCGAAUUUUGGAAAAUUGUAAAAGAUGAAGAUAUUAUUGAUGAAGAACAUUUACCUUCACCGACUGAAAGUAUUCAGAAUAAUGAUGUUGAUAAAGAAAUUUCUGUUAGUACAUCUAAGACAAUUGAUAAUAUUAUUGAUAAUAUUGAUCAUCAAGAAUCUCUUCAUAAUUCAAAUAACGUAUGUAACAUGUUUACCCAGUCCUCUAAAUGCUAGCAUUUCUCAGUCUACUUCUCAAUGCCUUCUUGAUUUAUCACCAUCUACUCUGCAUGUUUCACUUCAACAAUCGUUGAUUGUUAAUGGUAACCCAGUAACAAAAAUCUAAUAUCUUUUGAUUCGCCUCCAUCUCCACGACGAGUAUCAACAACACUUUUUGACUUACAUAAUUUAACUUCCAGCCCAGUUACAUGUUUAAGUAACGAAAAUAACGUAGUACUUUCAGAUUUACAGUCAAUAUCUACAGCACCUGCUACUAAUUCUAUUUCAAAAACUAAUUGUGUUUCUUAACCAUCCUCAUCUUUUAUAAGCUAUAAUUCAUCAGAAAAUAACCUAAUAAGACAUGAAAAUAUUCGGCGCAAAGCGUAAGAUAAUUAUUUAGAAACAGCUAAUAAACGAACAAAAGCGUAUGAUGAACAUCUAAGUAAUUUGGCAGAAAUGUAUAAAAAAAUAACUGUGUUGGAGUGCGAAUUCAUACUGUUGACAGGACAAAUACAGAUUCAAAAAUUUUACCAUGCUUAGUUGUUAGUAAAGAAAAGAAAGAUUAUGAUUAUGUAUUUUAUUAGUGUGUCAAUUCAGAUUCUUGAAAGAUAGAUUUGGUAUAGAAAGUCUUAUUGGUCUACGAAGUAGCUGUCCUAACGAAUUAAAGUCGCUUAAUUUAUUUGAUUUAGAGAAGGAACUGUCUUUGAUUGAAGCUUCGAAAUUAUAUGUCCGUGGAGCAAUAAAUGGAGCUACUUGUGACUGUAAAAGCCAAUGUGCCACUAAACACUGUCCUUGUAAAAAGGCCGGGGUCGCCUGUUCCACCAAAUGUCAUUCAGAAAAGGGUAAAUGUAAGAAUAUGGUUUAAAAAAACAUUAUGUUCUUUUCAGGUGCACUGUUAACACUACAUGUUGAUUGAUAUUGAUGAAAACAAAUGUAUAUAGCUAUUUUCUGCUGCGGAUGUAUUCUUUUUUAUUCUGUCUUUUAGGGUUGAAACUCAGAAAAGUUCUGUAAAUACAUAUCAGAUUUCUUUACUACUAUUCAGAUGAGUGCACAUGUACAUAACACAGAUUGUCUUUAUUGUCUUUAUUGUCCGUUAUUUGAGUGCACAUAUAUUAAUACACAAAAUGGAAAAACUACUUAGAUAUCAUGCCACCUUUUCGCGGUUAAGUAGAUCAGUAUUUAGUAAAGAUCUGAGUAUAUAUAUAUACCUUAUUAGCAGUACAAGCAUGUCUUCAGUCUUUACUAGAGAAACUAAGAUCAUGAUUAUCAAUUUUAAAUAACAGUUGCAUUUCAUUCUUGUAAUAUCUCAGAUUUGUCAAGAUUCCAGUUUUGACCAAUAUUUCUCUAGUCAAAAGUAGAAUUCCAUUAUUGCCCGGGCAAAAGUGGAAUUCCAGUUUUGACCGGACAAAUCUCAGAUUUGCCCGUAACAUAUACGUUCGAUAGAAUUUGUAUCAAUUAGAAUUACGUCAUUUUAGUGAAAAAAUUAGGUGAAUUUUUUUAGAUGGACUGUAACAAUUCUUAUUGUAAUAAGACGAUAAUUUGACACUUAUCUGAAUUUGUCCAGGUGAGUAAAGGACGGAUAAAAAGAAAUCUUGACUACUAGUCAUGUUUAGUCUUGUUCUCAAAAAGUCCUAGUGCAGAACUAGUCCGGAAUCGUUUUGAGUCUAACUUCCAUCUUGAUUUGGUAAUUGAUUUGCAUCAUUCUGUUUAUUAUGUUUAGUCUUUUUUGCAAAAAAGACUAAACAUAUUGCAUCGUUAAGAUGUCCAUUCAAAAUAGAUUUUCAAUCGAAAAAGAAAGUGUCCAAAAUACUGCUUUUAACAGAUUAUUGUCUUAUGUGGUGGUCUAGUCCGGACUAGUCUAUAUAAUAAAAAUAUAAUUUCGAAGGUUAGAUUCUCUGAUGCAUGCAAUAUAUAACUUUUACCCAUCGUUUAAUCGAUUGAACUAUAUGAUCAAUUGAUUAACUCGUAUAUAUGAAUAGACAUUCGUCAGAUACUAUUUAACACAGUUUUACACAGAGUUUCUCAAAUUAUGAUAUGAAUAAAAAUUAUUUAUUAUAAAAGCCUAAAAUUAUUUAACUACAACUGAACCAAAUUAAUUUAUUAAAUUAUCUUUUUCAAAAAAAGCUUUUUUGAUCAUCAACAUUUGAGAAAAAUUAUUUUGUUUUUGAAAAACAAUCAAAAUCGGAAAAAAUAUUUCUUUUGAUACGAUAAGUGAUGUUUAUUUUAAUUAAAACUUUUCAAAUUAACUUUACACUAAACUGAAAACUUAUAAUUUAAUUUCACCUUAAAAGUCAAAUCACUGCAAUUAAUAUUUUAAAUAAAAACAAUUCUCAAGUAACAAUAUUAAAAUUAUUUUCUGAAAUAAAAUUAUUCUUAAAGGCCGUUAUACUUUAAAGAUUUUAAAAGACAAAAUGAGCCACGCUAAGACGCUGACAGCUGCUUUGUACUUAAAUCUGAUCAAAAAUUCGUGCAACAACUAAAUGAAAAUAUAAAAAUGCAGAGAUAUUUUUUAUUUGUCUUAUGAGACGUUGAGGGUAGUUGCCAUUAUUAUUUAUACCAAGUUCAGUCCAUUGGAUACAAUUUAUUAAAAGACUUUCAGUUAACUUAUUUUACGUUAUUCAAGUUAUUCAAUAAAUGAAACAUGGUUAGCUUAUGAGAUUUCCAAGAUAGCUAAACAUUUUUUCGAAAAAGACGGCAAAAAAAUUUCACAGAUAGUGUCGAAAGAAUCGAACUUGGUAUAUAUAAUAAUGGCAACUACUCUCAACAUUUCAUCAAAUAAAGUUAAAAAUACGGUAUUGGCGGAAAACGCAGAAGAGUAAAAUGUCGAACAGGGAAAAUGUCGACAAAAAAGUAGGAAAAGGUCGAAAAGACAAAUAGCGAAUGUUUAAUCAAUGAGAAGGAAAAUGUCGAAAGGAAAAUGUCGAUCGCGAAACAGUGUUGGAUAAGAAAGAGAAUUAACAGGAAAACAACGAAAGGAUAAUAGCGAAAGUCAAAUGUAGGUGAAAGAUGUCUAUAUCUUAUGUUAUUUUAUCUUCACAGUUGUUAAUGGUUGUUACUAGAACAGAAUCAUUCUUUAUCUUCGUCGACUG